AUGAGUCCCGCUCACACCGGCAUCACAGAGCAAGUUCUCUCCUACAAGGCUCCUGAUCCACCCGUGAAGGAGUUUGAACCAGCUCCAGAUCGUGCCAUUUUCGCCGAUCCGGACAAGAAGUCGCUCUUGGCUGCGUGUAAACAGGUCCGCAAGCUGACUCCCUACGUCGGGACGGAGCUUGUGGGAAUCCAAUUGAGCCAACUCACAGAUGCGCAGAAAGACGAGUUGGCCUUGUUGGUUGCCGAACGAGGCGUGGUCUUCUUUCGAGAUCAGGACCUUAGACUUGAGCAACAGUAUGCACUGACUGCUUACUACGGGAUUGUGAGCGAAGCCCUGCCAGAGAGACAUUCGCCCUCAACAACCACUGGCCGUCCCAGCGAUAUCCGAAAGUACGCCGACUAUGGGGGCGAAUACCAUUCCGACCACUCUCACGAAGCCAACCCGCCGGCGUACACCAUGUUACGAAUGAUCCGGACGCCUGAGAGUGGCGGGGAUACCGUCUUUACGAGCCAGACUGCGCUGUAUGAUAAGUUGAGCCCGACAUUUCAGAGGUUGUUCGAUGGACUACAUGCCGUGCAUAGCUCCGAGAGCGGCUUCGUGAACUCGAUCAAUGGAGGCUACAAGCCAUUCCGUGGCCCUCAGCGUCGCGACCACCCACUGGUCCGCACGCACCCAGUCACUCGCCUCAAAUCGCUCUUCUACAACCCGACCUUCGUCAUCCACAUCCGCGAGCUCAAGGCCCAAGAGUCGAUCCACACGCUGAACUUCCUGCGUGAACACCUGCACGCGGCCGAUGACCUGACGGUGCGGUGGAAGUGGGAGCCCGGCUCCGUCGCCUUCUGGGACAACCGCGUGGUCGUGCACAGGGCCAUCCCCGGCGGCUACGACCCUGCGACGAGGGAGGGCAAACGCACCGCCAUCUUCGGCGAGAAGCCCUUCUUCGACCCCGAAAACAGCCAGACGUUGAGCGAGCGUAUUCGCGGCAUGGGCGGUCCCGAGGCCCAGUACGAGGAGACGAACAUCUACUUCAACAGUCCGCACGUUUGA